GCGCUCUCCAAUUAUCUUUUGUUCGACAACAAUGGAUAUGUGUAUAGCUGUUGUGUAACGGCAGCCACAAUAUUGUAUGGUUGGUCACCGAGAUUACAAAAAAACGUUCAAGUUUAGUCACUCGAAAUAUUUAAAUUCAUUGGUAGUACUUCACUUUACUGAAACCGUUCACGUUUGGUCACUCUCCGUCAACUCUGUUAACUUUUGCUUACGUGGUGGUCAACUCUAGAAGUUGACCAUUAAAUGUGUGACGUGGCAAUUUAAAAUUAAUAAAAUAAAUUUUUUAAAAUUUUCAUCUCAUUUCCACCUCAUUAUCAAUUUUAUUUAAAAUAAAUAAAAAAUCUUAAUUUCUAGUAAUCUACCAUACCAAUACCCGACCACGAACCAAUGCCACUCACCAUGGUCAGCAUCGUGAACAACGAUUUAUCGUCCAUGGCCACAAUGGAGGAAUCUGGACACCGCCAGGCGCUUGGGGCUGGGCAGAGCCUCCGAGGCGGGCCGGCUGCCGUCAUGGAAUCUGCCGCGACAGUCAACUACGGAGUUGGCGUCGUCCACCGCAACCAAGUCACCGACUCCGUCAGAAAAGGCUGUCGUCUUCGUCCUGGUAUAAGUAAUUCGAAAGGUUCUCCUCAAAGUCUUGCGACGACUCCGCCGCUUCCAUCAGCACCGAAUGCGGGCUGUCCGAAUUGAUCACAUCACUCUUCCCCGUCGCCGUCGCUUCCUCUGGCUUCAUCGGCGGCGACGGAAUAAUGUCCUGGACCAAUGCAGUCAAAAUUCUACCUAGAAGCGGUGGGGUGACCUAGAAGCGUAAAAUCGCAAACUUUUAAAUUUUCAAACAUAGAUUUUGACUACAUUUGUAAGGGAAAAUCACGAUUCUACGUACAAGCGUUGUGGUCACCCAAAAAGGUAAAAACGUAAGUUUUUAAAUUUUAAAGCGCGAUUUUGACUACAUUGGCCGGGACCAUAAACGUAGUCGUUCCACCCAAAUUAGUCAGAUUCGCCCUCGUCCCCAAUUUCUCCUUCAGCGAAUUCACUUGUGGGGAAAUUCUCGACACAAUCAGGCUAAAAUUAUGGGUCUCCCCCGGAGAUUAGGAAAGCAGGGUUUUUUUUCUCUUACCUCGUUUUUUAGGGAUUCUUUUUCUUGGAGCAGGGAGUUGUAAUCGGAUUUGAGGCGGUCGAAGUUGGCAUGGAGGGAGUCGAAAUCUCUCUCCAGCUGCUUGUUCUUGAACCGAGCCGGGCGAUUCUGGAACCAAAUGGCGACCUGGCGAGGCUGCAAGCCGAGCUCCUGGGCAAGCUACACUUUUUUUUUAUUUAUUUUAAAUAAAAUUGAUAAUGAGGU